AUGGAGGAGUAUAUGGAAGAUUGUAUGGAGGGGUAUAUGGAGGAGUAUAUGGAGGGUUAUAUGGAGGAGUAUUUGGAGGGGUAUAUGGAGGAGUAUAUGGUGGAGUUUAUUGAGGGCUACAUGGAGGGCUAUAUGGAGGAGUAUAUGGAGGGAUAUAUUGAGGGGUAUAUGGAGGAGUAUAUGGAGGAGUAUAUGGAAGGGUAUCUGGAGGGGUACAUGGAGGGGUAUAUGGAGGGUUUCAUGGAGGGAUAUAUGGAGGAGUAUAUGGAGGGAUAUAUGGAAGGGUAUCUGGAGGGGUACAUGGAGGGGUAUAUGGAGGGUUUCAUGGAGGGAUAUAUGGAGGAGUAUAUGGAGGGAUAUAUGGAAGGGUAUCUGGAGGGGUACAUGGAGGGGUAUAUGGAGGGCUACAUGGAGGGAUAUAUGGAGGAGUAUAUGGAGGGAUAUAUGGAAGGGUAUCUGGAGGGGUACAUGGAGGGGUAUAUGGAGGGCUAG